ACCACGGAGGAGAGGAGCUCACUCAGGGCGCAUAGUGUGGAGAUCGGCUCCUGGCGACGGUGUCUAAAGGAAUUGAGAAGCACCCCUUGACCAAAAAAUUGCCUUGUGACAGUCGUUGCAUGCGCAAUGAACGGUUUGCGGUUGAUUCCAGUACAGUAUAAAAUUAGUCCGCAUCAUUCCCUGACAUCUUCCUUCGAUAGAGGGCUGAAAUCUCAGGAUGAGUCACCAGACUGUGAGCUGGGAGCAAAUCAGGGACGAGGAGCCCAUCCUGAAAUAUAAUCAGUUCCCUGCUAUCAUCAGCCUUAGACAGAGGAGCCUCUAUAUCUGAGCCAGGCUGCUGUCGAAAGAGGAUUGUUGACCCUUCCCACCCACCCUGCUCAUUCCCUGAGGACCCACCCUGUUGCUGGUUGGGUGUCGCUUCCCGCUCUGCCUGGUGGUGGCCCUCGGAAGCUUUAAGCGCAUACAGAGUGAGAUAGUGCAGCAGCCAUGACGGACACAGUGAUGGGCGGUAGCUCGGACCCCUGGGUGCCCAACGACAGGCAGAUGAGCAUGCAUGCCAAUGAUAAGGAAAAGGGUAACUGGACCAACCAGGCCAGGCCUGGUCCCGGCGCUCCGGACCUGACUGACGAGGAGAAGGAAAUCAUUAACGGUGUGAUCGCCCGUGCUGAGAAGAUGGAGGCCAUGGAGCAGGAGAGAAUUGGGCGCCUGGUGAACCGUCUAGAUGACAUGAAGAAGACGGUGUGUGGGGACGGGGUGAACCGCUGUCUGCUGUGUGGGGAGCAGCUGGGUGUUCCAGGGGUCAGCUCAGUGGUGUGUGAGGACUGCAAAAAGCACAUGUGCACCAAGUGUGGAGUGCAGAGCAGCAGCCGGCCGCGCUCUGUGUGGCUCUGCAAGAUCUGCAGCGAACAGCGAGAGGUGUGGAAGCGAUCUGGUGCCUGGUUCUUUAAAGGCUUUCCUAAGCAGUUCCUGCCCUCACCCAUGCCCAUCUCGAAGUCCAAAGAGUCAAGUGCCCAGCGAGCCCCAGAGCCCCAGGAGCCAGCAUCAUCUGACCCCAGGGCUGCAGCUGGUCAGCCCUGGCCACAGGUACAGGCCAGAGGACCAGAGGCACAGGGGCAUGCUGGCAAACCACCUGUUGCCUCUAAGCCGUCAGAUGUUCACAUGGCCACUGGUGGGGCUGGUCCUGGUGCUCAGAACAGCCCAGUGGUGCUGCAGAAGGCUGUUCCAGUCCAGAGCUCCAGGCCCCCUCCAGCAGCAUUGGCCCAGCAGGCUCCACUGGAGACGGAGGGAGGUGACUACUCCACUAGCACUGCUCCAUUGGAGGAGAGAGUGCCUCCUGCAGUGCGGGAGGAGAGGAGACAGCCUGCCACCUACAACCCCCCUCCUGCUCGACAACAAGCCCCCCCGCCCGAGGAGGAGGAGGAUGCAAACAGCUAUGACUCGGAUGAGGCCACCACUCUGGGCGGCUUGGAGUUCAGCUUGCUUUAUGAGCAGGAGAACAACAGUCUCCACUGCAGCAUCCUCAAAGCCAAGGGACUGAAGCCCAUGGACUCCAACGGACUGGCUGAUCCCUAUGUCAAGCUGCAUCUACUGCCAGGGGCCAGUAAGUCCAACAAGCUACGCACUAAGACACUGAGAAACACCCGUAACCCUGCCUGGAACGAGACCCUGGUCUACCACGGACUCACAGACGAGGACAUGCAGCGCAAGACUCUCAGGAUCUCUGUCUGUGAUGAGGACAAGUUUGGGCAUAAUGAGUUUAUCGGAGAAACUCGCGUUGCGCUAAAGAAACUGAAGGUCAACCAGAAGAAAAACUUCAACGUGUGUCUAGAGAGAGUUGUCCCUACGAAGAAGACCGCAACAGCUGGAGGGGCUCGAGGCAUUUCGCUCUACGAGGAUGAGGGUGGGAAGGAGGUUGGAGAUGUGGAGGAGCGUGGUCGUAUCCUGAUCUCCCUCAUGUACAGCACCCAGCAGAAUCGUCUCCUUGUCGGUGUAGUGCGCUGUGUUCACCUGGCCGCCAUGGAUGCCAAUGGAUACUCUGACCCAUUUGUCGAAAUAUGCCUGAAACCUGAUAUGGGGAAGAAGGCCAAGAACAAAACAAAUAUCAAGAAGAAGACCCUAAACCCAGAGUACAACGAGGAAUUUAGCUAUGACAUCAAGCACAGUGACCUGGCUAAGAAGACCCUGGACAUCUCAGUGUGGGACUACGACAUUGGGAAAUCCAACGAUUACAUCGGUGGGUGCCAGCUGGGCAUCACAGCCAAAGGGGAGCGGCUGAAGCACUGGUAUGAGUGCCUGAAGAACAAGGACAAGAAGAUAGAGCGCUGGCACACCCUGUUGAAUGAGAAUCCUGUCAACAGCAACUAACCCCCAUUAGAAUGAGCAAAGUCCUCUCCCUCUACACUCAGCCCCCUCUCCUUUCUCACAUUACCAUGUCUAACCUCCUUCCACACCUCGCCAAGAACAUUUAAUUUGAGUUUUUUAAAUUUAAUGGACUUACCAGUAGUCUUCCUGUCUGGCUGUCUGCAUUCUUU